GAGCGACUGGCUGUGCUGUUUGCAGAAGCGUUUUGGUCUCCAUCAUCGGGCUGCAAAAGAGAGACAGCGAGAGCCAAAGCGACCAGGGGAGGAAGAACAGAAAUAGAGGAGGAGGAGGGGAUGAAGGAGAGGUGUAACACAUCCGAUCAGCCGGCAGGAGUGGGCCUGAGCUAAUCCAAGCCCUUUGGAGGAUCUGCCUCCUACCAUUGGUAAGAGAGCCCGCUUGGACCUCUUUCCCCUUUUCUCUCCGCCGCCCCCACUGACCACAUUUCCCUGACACAAUGAAAGCCGUAUUAUAGAUGUACAGUGUGCCUAGCCCCUUCUUGUACUAGCCGAGGCGCCCCCCCCUCACCCCCCCACCCCGCCUGUCUCUCUCGCGAUGUGAGUCUUCUGCAGCUCAUCGUAGAAGAAGCAGGCAGCUCUAGAGGAGAGAGAGACAGAGACAGAGGUGGUAGUGGUGGUGGUGGGGAAAGAGACAGCCAGGAGGAAGCACCACGGGGCUAUGUGGUGUCAGCGACACCAGAAGAUUUGCUGAACCAUGAUGAAGACUGAGCCCCAUUCUAGUCCUGGCGGCAGCAGCAGUAGCAGCAGCAGCGGUGGUGGCGGCAACGGCAGCGGAAGCUUGAGGAGUGCCUCCCCUCACCGGAACGCCUACGAAGCCGGCAUCCAAGCCCUGAAAGCCACAAAGGAUGCCCUUGGUAAUCCUGACAGCGAGGAAGCCAAGAAAGCCAGGAACAAAAAGUAUGGUUCCAACGUCCACCGGAUCAAGAACAUGUUCCUGCAGAUGGGCACCACGGCGCCACCAGGCGAGGGGUCAGUCGACCUGGCCAAGAUGAAGGAGAAGCCCGUCCGGUUGUCCUUGCCCAGGGCCAGCAGCCUGAAUGAGAAUGUAGACCACAGUGCAUUGCUGAAGCUGGGCACCAGCGUGUCCGAGCGGGUGAGCCGCUUCGACUCCAAGCCUGACAAGCCCCUGUCCAAGCUCCAGGAGACACGGAAGAUCUUCGAGAGGAGCCUCCAGGAGAAGGAGACCACCAACAAGCUCCUCCUGAGGAAGGAGAGGGGUGGCUUUCAGGACAGGAAGCUGGACGUUGUGGUGCGAUUCAAUGGGAGUACUGAGUCACUGGACAAGCUGGACACGGAGGCUGUGUCGCCCACCGUCAGCCAGCUCAGUGCUGUCUUUGAGAAGGCCGACCUGAGGAACAACCUGCAUAAAGCCCCCGGCCGAGUUGGGCCCCUCAACUCCAAGAUCAUCAGCAAAAGGUCCAGGGUUUUCCUCCAGACUCCAGAAGGUGCCAAGGUGGAGGCAAGGAGUAGUGAUGGGCCUGCUCUCCAGGCGAGAGGCAGGCUGCCAGAGGCUGACAAAAUCCAAACCAAACUUCCCGCCAGUGGGCCUGGAGCCGUGAAAACAGGCGACAAGGACAGUAAUGCGGGCCUACGUCCCCAGAAGGUCCAAGAGGUGCACAAGAUCAAGCCUGUGGAAGUUGAGGAGAGCGGGGACUCGGAGCAGGAAUUUGAGGCAGCGGAGGUGGCCGUCGCGGCGGCCAUCGCAGAGGAGCACAGCAAGGCCGCCUCCAAAGGGUCUGACACUGCCAGGGCCGAAGUGAUCCAGGCUGAGGUAACGGUGCACGCGGCCUUGGAAAAUGGCGGGCUGGGUGGCGAGAGACACCUAGAAACGCCAGACCCGUUGGCAGAUGCUUACUGCGAGGAGGCGGUCAAAGCUGAGGGACCUGAGGAGAAUGACCUUUGCGAUGAGUCCAAGAAGGAGGACUUCUCUGAGGCUGACCUUGUGGACAUCAGUGCCUAUAGUGGGUUGGGGGAGGAUUCGGGAGGGAGUGGGCUCGAUGAAGACGAGGAUGCUGAUGGACUGUACGCGCCAGAAUCCAGCUGCAUGGAGAUCCCUGGGCUGUCAGACGAGGAAGAGCCUACCCCCAACCGCAAGAUCCACUUCAGCACGGCCCCCAUCCAGGUUUUCAGCACCUACUCCAAUGAAGAAUAUGACCGACGGAAUGAAGAUGUUGAUCCCAUGGCUGCCUCCGCAGAAUAUGAACUGGAGAAGCGAGUGGAAAGGCUAGAUCUCUUUCCUGUGGAGCUAGAGAAAGAUUCUGAGGGUCUGGGCAUCAGCAUUAUUGGAAUGGGGGCUGGGGCUGACAUGGGCCUGGAAAAACUCGGCAUCUUUGUCAAGACAGUGACGGAAGGAGGGGCGGCUCACCGAGAUGGCAGAAUCCAGGUGAACGACCUUAUUGUCGAGGUGGAUGGCACCAGUUUGGUAGGCGUGACCCAGAGCUUUGCAGCCUCCGUGCUGAGGAACACCAAGGGUAGAGUCCGAUUCCUGAUUGGCAGGGAGAAGCCAGGAGAGCAGAGUGAAGUAGCACAGCUCAUCCAGCAGACACUGGAACAGGAGCGAUGGCAGCGGGAGAUGAUGGAGCAGAGGUAUACCCAGUACACAGAGGAGGAUGAAGAAACAGGUGAAUAUGCUACAGAUGAAGAUGAAGAAAUGAGUCCCAUGUUCCCCAGCAGCGAAAUGGCCAUUGAAGUCUUUGAGCUGGCUGAAAAUGAAGACAUGCUGUCUCCAGUUGAGAUGGACCCUGAAAAGCUGGUGCAUAAAUUUAAGGAGCUCCAGAUCAAGCAUGCUGUGACCGAGGCUGAAAUACAGCAGCUGAAAAGAAAGCUGCAGUCCAUUGAACAAGAAAAAGCCCGUUGGCGACUUGAGAAAGCCCAGCUAGAACAAAGCGUGGAAGAGAACAAGGAGCGAAUGGAGAAGCUGGAAGGUUAUUGGAUGGAGGCGCAAAACUUGUGCCAAGCUGUAGAUGAGCACUUGAAAGAGACCCAGGCCCAGUACCAGACCCUGGAGAGGAAGUACAGCAAAGCCAAACGACUCAUCAAGGAGUAUCAGCAGAAGGAGAUCGAGUUCCUCAAGAAGGAGACAGCUCAGCGGCGCAUCCAAGAGGAGUCAGAGCUGGCCCACAAGGAGGAAGUUGACAAACUGCAAGAGAAGAUCUCUGAACUGGAGGCGAAGCUGCAGACUUUGAAAAAUUCCAACCCGACUUAAAAAGAGAGAGAGCAGAAAAACAUAUAAACAAACCAGAGCAAUUAACUAUUACUAUCCUUACUACUACUACUACUAUUUGCAAGGGACAUAUUUAGAGAUUUCUCCCGCCUGUGUCCACUAUUCUCUCCCCAUCCUCUGCCUGACUCCCCAUUUCCCAGCAGGGAAGUAAAAACCAAAACAAGCCGAACCCCUCUGGCAAGGCUAGCCCGUGGCCUUGCCUUGCCUUGAGGUUGGGGGACAGAGGAGAAAGAGAGGCAUCAGAGAACAGGUGGGAUGGGAAAGCCCCAUGCGGGCUACUGAUGCACAACCCAGUUACCUUGUAAGGGUGGUGAAUUGUUGUCCAUUUCCAUGUCCAGUGUGCGUCUUGUGUCAACUGGAUGGACCGACCAUGGAGGGUGGGGAGGCAGCAAUGGCCCCUUGUGUCCGAGCAUUUGCGUCCCCUGUCUGCCUGAUGAGACCUUUGCACCACCCGUGAUGGGAUUGGGACAGACCACAUGCUACCCCACUGCUACACGUUGUCUUUGCCCUUCAGUUGCGCAGGUGACAGAACUGUGACACAGCAGGACUCUGCAGGCGAAAAGCGUGACCAGCUCUUUUCAUUUUGUUUCCUAAAUCUUAAAUCGUUUGGGGGAGAUGUGGGGGUGGGGAGGGAGGGACUGUUUGUCAGGCUUUGGGGUCGGACAAUCUUGCCUUUAAUUUUCCAUCCUUUGGACAAUAUGGAAUCCAUUAUUCUCUCUGUUUUGUGCAAUGGUGGGAAAUAUGUCUGUGUUUUUAAAGGAAGAGUCAGUAGGAGGUUCUGCUGGCUGCCAUCUUUGGGACUGAGAAGAGGUUCUAACCUCCAAAACUUCUAAAAGUACCUAAAAAGACAUGAUGACCAACUAUUACAUCAGGAAAGGAACAUCUACGUUGUUUUUUCAUCCUCAUCGACAUUUUUAUUCACAUCGUCUUGGAAGAUUUCUGGGAAUUAAUACCCACAAGAUUUACAAAAUGGACCCUCCCAAGGGAGCUGAGUAUUAAAACCUAAGAGCCAGGAGCAAAAGGACGUCAAGGAAAUUGUAGCCAGGAACUGAGGCCAGGGGCUUUGGGAAACCCCGAAACUGAGCAGGGAAGUUCUCUUUCUGCUUGACUGAGAAGGAGUCUUCUCCACCUAAUUCAGCAAGCCAGCUCUUUCCUGUUUCUGCACCAGCCACUCUGCAUUUCACAAAAAGGAAAACAGGGAGAGCACCACCUGCAGUUCCCAACAGCUUGCUGUGGGUCAGCUUUGCUGCUGUCAGCGCCAGGGUCUGCUGUGGAGGUGGGUUUCUACAGGCACAGGGCAGCAAAAACAAAAACAAACCCACACACACCAAAAACCCAGUCAUUUGUUUCUCAGGAGCAAAGCGCAUGUUGAAUCAGUUUCUUGGGCCAUUAGGUUGUAAGGGUUAUUGCCUGGGAUUACGUCUUUUCUGAGAUUCAUUUCAGAACAAAACACAGAACUAUGCUUGAUGUCCUUUGUUUUACAUCACCCCGCUUUCCAGGGACAAAACUGCACAGGUCCAUUUAAUUUGGGACCGUUCCUCUUUGAAACAACACAGUGACAUCGGAACGGUCCCUGCAAGAUGCCACCCAGCCAAGGCCUUGGCUUCAGCAUCUUUCUUUCCUUUCUAGGAGAACAGUAGCAAAAAGCAGACCCACAGUGCUGCGGUACCUUAGCAGCUGUCCAGACUCGUGUGGUGUGAGCCUUUGUAGGUAGCAGCCUGAACUACAUCAGUUGCUGGCAGUGGGUUAUAAAAACCAUUGGCAUCUAAGUCCUGCCGCAGGACUCUGUUCUGCUUCCUUUCUAAUCUCCUCCCUCACCUGCUCAAUCAAAUUAGAGCAGGAUUCCAAGAUUGUAGCCCCACGUGCUUAUGCACCAUGACCCAAGGAUCAUUCAGGGCCAAGUUGGGGCAAAAAGUAUGGCAUCUCCCUUGAUCACAUGGAGACUACCACCAUACCAAAAAAAUAAAACCACAGAGUCAUAUUCCACAAAAAAACCCAUAGUGCUUGAACUCAGCUGUCCAUGUGGCUGGUACCAAUUGCAUGGAGAGCUUCCACAGCAGCACCAGCCUCCAUGGGAUUGGGGCCAAUUCCAUGUGCAAAGUGCAAAGGUGGAUUCGGAGAACAAGUAAAAAAAAACAAAAAAAACACUUCACAUCUUACCUGACAUAUAGCAAGAUGAACCCUUGAACAAAAAGCUUUCCUUCCUUCCUUCCUUCUUUAUCACUGUUGUCUAAUUGGAAAAUGUUUUUCCUUUGGGCCACCACAAGCCAUUCCUGAGCCAGGCGUUUGGCUGAGAGUGUUUCAGCACUCAGCCCAACUUUUGGAAGUGAUAUGCUUCCAAAGGUUGGGACCCAUGGAGAAGCCCUUAUUUAAAAAAUGAGCUGGUGGGAGUUGAGGAGCAUCAAUAUCCCCCAGUUGAGAAGCAUCAAUACUGUAUUCUCUUUCAGCUACUGUGCUAGAAAUUUUUUUAAAAAAACAAAAAACCAGUGAAAAUCAGGUGAAACUCCCUUGCCCCAAUAUCCCCACCCUUCUGAUAGUAUUUUUCUGGCACAGCUGUUAGCUGUGCACUUAAGGAUGUUGCAGAGCAUCUUGCUUGGAAAGUGGAGGCAAAAAUGUAUUUUGUAAAGUGGUUGCUGCAAAUGUCACUUUUUUUCAUGGAGCCAAAAUUAUGCUUUUUUCAGAAGCCUGUGAUUUAUGAUUAAUUUUUAAGCAGUAUUCUACUGGGAGAGGGCAUUCCUUCCAUUGGGUUUCAUCUGUAAACUGGAAAUUGUGGCAAGACUGGGAAGUCUUCUCACCUCCCCGCCCCCAAUGUUCUCACCCUCCACCGCACACACCUACUUUCUGCUUUAAAAAAAAAAAAAGGUUUUAUGGGAUGUUUCCCUUCACUUGACCUUGAGAAGUAUCCACCGUCAUUACUGUUUACUUCUUGUGGGGUAUUCUAAUGGGUGCUACUGCAAAAGAGAUAUCGCUUUGCAAUUUCUGACUAACUGGUUAUGAAUUUCAGGGACUGCAUCACAGAAAUUGAGGUGGGGUUGGGGGGCUGGGCUUAUUUCAAAGGAUGGACCAAUGCUUUCUCCCUGAUUUCCGGCUUCGGUCCAGAAAUGAUCAGAUCCGACAAAGAGGAAACAUAACUUCAGGGGGGAAAGUCCGCCAUGUUCCUUUCACUGGUAUUGUGACUCAUAGCUGCAAAGGAACAUCCCCGCCGAACGUACGUUUCCUCCUUACAGAACUUGUAGUACAUGAGUCAGCCAGGGUGGGCGGAACCAUCUGAGGGGACAAAUGCGCAUUCUGGUUUUUGACAAGGGGUACACCCCUAGAGAUGGAAAAUAGGUGAUAGCAUUCAAUACGUUCAACUUCCAGUGUGUUAUCACACUCUUAUUGUCCUGGCCAUCUGGCCUCCCGCACAGGUCAAAUUUGCAAUGGUGUUUCUAAAACUUUAAAAAGAUUUUAGAGCACAAAAACAAUUAUAAAAAUGUAUUGAUGGGAUUUUUUCAGAGGAAUGGAGAAGGAAAUUGGCAGGAACGUCCUCCAAAGAUCACUCUGCAGUGAUCUACAUACAAAAUACAAAAAAUUGUUCAUUAUUGUUCUAUCCCUGCAAAGAUUACUGCAGUUUUACCAUAAUCAUUUGGAGGUAGGGAUAGGGGUGAUACUACACAGAAAACUGUUAAGUGCAGCAAUGCUAUCGCCAUUUUCCAUAUCUAGGGGAUGGACGCCAACAAUCAAUACAAGCAUUCACCCCCUGAGAUGGUACUGGUGGUCAGAAUGUGUGGGCCUGGCUCAUGAGCUCUGCUGAGAUGCAGACACCCCGCUGGCCCUGUUGCAGAACAGCCCUGUGCCUCUGCAACCUAACCUUGCAUGAGCACAGUUGCACACAGCCAUGAUUUUCCACAUCUGCGAUUGGGCAAUUUGAGGUUGUAGUGGCCCCGGGCUGUUCUGCGACAGCACAAGCAGGGUUUGCACAGCCACAGCAGCACAAGCGGCGCUGAACCACCCGCAUCUCGCUGCACUGUUUGUAGGCCACUGUUGCUCCUGCAUGCAGGUUUGACGUCUGAUAAAGGGGUGUAAACUGUCCAGCGUUUUUCCACAGAUGGCAGCACUGUACAGGUGUGGACUCAAGACCACUGAAUGCAGGUCCACAUAUUUUUCUGCUCACAGAGUAGUCAAGCAAUGGUUUUGUUUUUUUAAAAAGAGUUGUUUUCCAGGUCAAGUAUAUGAGUGGAGUGGGUAUUCUAAUCCUUAUGAUAAGGCUAUGCACACAGGCAGCCAAACCCCCAGCCUGUUUGGCUGCCUGUGUGCACCACCAGGAUUAAGCCCGAUCCUGGCGCUGCCCUGCAGGUAGCCCGACUUUUUAUCCUGGCCUUUCGCCAGGGUUUAAGGGCACAAGCAUGCCCUUAAUCCCAGCACUGGGGUCAUGUGUAUGUGCCCGAGUAUACAUGGGUCAUGUGUGUGCAUCGAGCACAUAUGCAGCUCAAGCAUACAUAAAGUCAGGCUCCUAAAGCCCCCAACUCCUGAGGGAAUCCCCCAAUGCAUUGCACUCACCAUGCAGUGCAUUAUGGGAUUCCUGGAGGCUGGGGAAAGAAGUCCCAGUCUCCACUGAUCUACGCUGCAACAGCACAGACAGUGUGGGUGUGUGGCAGCGAGCUGACAAAUUCAGCCACUAUACCCUGGGAGAAAGGUAGGUUCAUACCUGCUUCCCGUCCCCCCCAUCCACCUACCUGCCCACCCGGUCAUGUGAAUAGCCUUAUUGUGUCUUAAGAAUAGGGAACCUGGGCGCGGCUGUUAUUCUGGAUUAAAUAAUCCAAAAUUAAAAGGCAAGAGGUUGUGUUCAAGACUACAGUUGAUUUCAGGACUGGGAAUUCUGUGCGGGUGUGUAGGGAAGGACCACGUUCCUAUCUCCCCCACACUCAGAUGUGGUCAAAUUGUGUGUUUUCUCACAUACACUCACCCUGAAGCUCAUACUUUUUUCUAGUGGUAAGAACCAGCAGUUCAGGAAUGGGAAUGACUGUGCUUGAUGCUGUUGGCAAAGUUUACAAAAAGCGUUGCUUGUACCUGUGGUGCAUUCAUGUCGUCUGAAGCAGGGCUGGGCCUCUGACUCACUCCGCACACACUCGAGAGUGCGCUGCCAUCAUGCCCUGCAGUACGUGGCGCUUUGGGAACAUUUGUGGUAGCCACACACGCAGGAGACCUUGUGACCUGUUGCCAAUGGUCGUGGGAAUCCUUUUUCUCCCUGACAGCCUCACACAAUGGCUCUGAAGGCAAAAAGGUGUUCUCUCCUCCCCACAGCCCCCAUGCCAGAUGAUGAAAGUGAAUGAAACAGAUUUGUACCUAAAAGGUUGGUGCAAGAAGUGUACAGUGUCCUGUGAAAGUACUUGGGUGCGAUGACCUGGGGAGGCAAAACAUGGGGAUUGAGAUGAGAUAUAAUGUCUAAUGAGUAAAUCAUCUCAAAUUUUAAUUUAAUCUCCUUUACACAGGUAUAAAUGUGUAUGUAUAUAAUAUAUAUAUAUAUAUCUGUAUGUAUGUAUGUACGUAUUGUUCCUGGUUUUGUAUUCCAAUUGUCCUAUCAUCCGGUCAUAUCAGAUAAACUGCAGGUCUUUGUUUCCA